AUGCAUAACCCUCCAUCAAAUAGUAGAUCUACUGUCUCCAUUCGAGUAGCUGCUUCAGCACUUCCACAGCAUCAAGAUAUUUCCUCCAACCUCAAAGCCAUAACCAUUGCGAGCGUUCUCGCUCUCGCUUUGAGUGUCUUGUCAUUCUUAAUGUGGCAAAGGUAUCCGCUACGACCACCAAUGGAGAUGUGUACGGAUUCCUCGGACUCUUUUCUUAGAAUGUUUAGUUACAUGGAGUUGAAGAUUGCAACAAGGAAUUUCAGGUUUAAGUUGGGGAGCGGUGGAUCCGGCUCAGUGUUCAAAGGAUGCCUGAUAGACGGUACGCUUGUGGCAGUAAAGAAACUUGAAGGUUCAAGACAACAUGAGAAGGAAUUCCGCGCGGAAAUCAGUUGUCUUGGCAAUAUACAACAUGCAAAUUUGAUCAGGCUUCGAGGGUUCUGUGCAGAAGGAUCCAGAAGAUUACUGGUUUAUGAGUAUAUGCCCAAUGGCUCUCUAAAUUCCUUACUGUUCAGCAGUAAUUCUAAAACUAAACGGAAUGCACUAGACUGGAAGGCCCGAUUCCAGAUCGCUUUAGGCACUGCACGAGGUCUAGUUUAUCUCCAUGAGAAAUGUAGAGACCGGAUCAUUCAUGGCGAUGUAAAGCCUGAGAACAUUCUUCUGGAUGGUAAUUUCUCACCGAGGUUGGCAGACUUUGGGUUGGCAAAGCUUGUUGGUAGAGAUUUUAGCCGCGUAUUGACGACAACGAGAGGAACGAGAGGUUAUUUGGCACCAGAGUGGAUCUCCGGUCUUCCCAUCACUCCCAAUGUUGAUGUGUACAGUUUUGGUAUAACGCUCUUGGAAAUCAUUUCCGGGCGAAGAAGUAUAGAUUUAAACGUGCAAGAUUCAAGUCAGUAUUACUUUCCUGCAUGGGCUGCAACUCAAAUUUACGAAGGCAAGAUGAUUAAUAUUGUGGAGGAAGGUGUUGCAGUGGAGGCAGAUAUUGGAGAGUUGACAAGAGCUAUUGUUAUUGGAUUGCUAUGCAUCGAAAGGGAGGAGGAGAUGAGGCCAAGCAUGGAACAAGUGGUGCGGAUGCUAGAAGGGAAGAUGCAUCCUCAAACUCCACAGAUGCUCAGUUGUGCAGUCAAGGAAAAACAAACAGACAUGACCGAGACUGAUAGCGAUAGCAAUGACAAUGUUGUCAAAUAA